AUGUCGACGCCCGUAGGUGUAAUGCGUCUCUGUCGCCUGGCAGGACGGACAGUGUCCGCUGGGUCGGCCAGAAGCUGGCGGCCCGUGAGCCUGCCACCGAGGACAUGCUUCAUAUCCACUUCGGCGGGAAACAAUCUGCAGUUCAGACUUGACGAGCGCACGGCCCACAGCAGCUUGGACCUUUUCAAGAAAGACACGGGCAUCAUUUACCGCAUGCUGGGCCUUGACCCCAGCCACGUCCAGGGCAAUCCCGAGCGCUUCCGAGACUGGGCCGUAGUGUUUGCCGACGAAAGGGUCAGCAGCGGACGCCAUUAUUGGGAGGUGACGGUCAAAAAGUCCCAAGAGUUCCGCCUGGGUGUGGCGGAGGCGCAGAUGUCCAGAGACGACUGCGUGGGCACCAACGCCGGCUCCUGGGUGUUCGGCUACGCUCAGCGGAAGUGGUUUGCCAUGACCAACGGUAAAGUGGUUCCACUGACGCUGGUGGGAAAGCCUGACCGUGUGGGGGUCCUACUUGACUAUGAAGCGGGUCUGCUGGGGCUGGUGGACGUGGAGAAACCCCGGAUCAUCCACGCUCUCCACACCCAGUUCAAGGCCCCUCUCUGUCCCGCGUUCGGACUUUGGGACGGUGAGCUGCUAACACACUCUGGUCUGGAGGAGCCUGAAGGCCUCAAAUGA